CAGCCCCGUACGCCAGGAGAGCUGCUGGCUCUUUUCCGAUACCCCCGCGAUCCCUACACCGUGGAGCAGGCGCGCGCCGGCGAGAUCUUCGAGCAGACUCUUCUCCUAAUCCAGAACCACGUCAACCAGGGGCUCAUGGUGGACACCAACGGCACGGCAUUCCGCUACAACGACCUGGUCUCGCCCCACUUCCUGGAAGUCAUCGCCAACCUGUCGGGCUGCACGGCCCACCGCCGCUUCAACAACUGCUCGGACAUCUGCUUCCACCAGAAGUACCGCAGCCACGACGGCACCUGCAACAACCUGCAGCACCCCAUGUGGGGCGCCUCGCUCACCGCCUUCGAGCGCCUCCUCAAGUCCGUGUACGACAACGGCUUCAACCUCCCGCGCGGCUCCCUGGACCAGCCGCGCCACGGCUUCAAGCUGCCGCUGCCCCGCCUGGUGUCCACCACCAUGAUCGGGACGGAGAGCGUCACGCCGGACGACCGCUACACGCACAUGCUGAUGCAGUGGGGCCAGUUCCUGGACCACGACCUGGACUCCACGGUGGCGGCCCUCAGCCAGUCCCGCUUCUCGGACGGGCAGCUGUGCGCGCAGGCCUGCACCGACGACCCGCCCUGCUUCCCCGUCCAGUUCCCGCCCAACGACCAGCGCCGGCUGCGCAGCGGCGCCCGCUGCAUGUUCUUCGUGCGCUCCAGCCCCGUGUGCGGCAGCGGCAUGACCUCGCUGCUCAUGAACAGCGUCUUCCCGCGCGAGCAGAUCAACCAGCUCACCUCCUACGUGGACGCCUCCAACGUGUACGGCAGCUCGCGCCGCGAGUCGGAGGAGAUCCGGGACCUGGCCAGCCAGCGGGGUCUGCUGCGGCAGGGCAUCAUCCAGAGGACGGGGAAACCGCUGCUGCCCUUCGCCGCCGGCCCGCCCACCGAGUGCAUGCGCGACGAGAACGAGAGCCCCAUCCCCUGCUUCCUGGCCGGGGACCACCGCGCCAACGAGCAGCUGGGCCUGACCGCCAUGCACACCGUCUGGUUCCGGGAGCACAACCGCGUGGCCACCGAGCUGCUGAGGCUCAACCCGCACUGGGACGGGGACACCAUCUACCACGAGGCCCGCAAGAUCGCGGGCAUGCGGAUGAUGGGGCCGUACCGCGGCUACGACCCCAACGUGAACGCCGGCAUCUUCAACGCCUUCGCCACGGCCGCCUUCCGCUUCGGACACACGCUCAUCAACCCGCUGCUGUACCGGCUGGACGAGGCCUUCCGGCCCAUCCCCCAGGGCCACAUCUCGCUGCACCGCGCCUUCUUCUCGCCGUUCCGCAUCGUGAACGAGGGCGGCAUCGACCCGCUGCUGCGCGGGCUCUUCGGCGUGGCCGGGAAGAUGCGGCUGCCCACGCAGCUGCUCAACACCGAGCUGACCGAGCGCCUCUUCUCCAUGGCCCACGCCGUGGCCCUGGACCUGGCCGCCAUGAACAUCCAGAGGGGGCGGGACCACGGCAUCCCGCCCUACAACGACUUCAGGACCUUCUGUAACCUGACCUCGGCACAGACCUUCGACGACCUGAGGAACGAGAUCAAGAACCCGGCCGUGAGGGAGAAGCUGCAGAGACUCUACGGCUCCCCUCUCAACAUCGACCUGUUCCCGGCCCUGAUGGCUGAAGACCUGGUCCCCGGCAGUCGGCUGGGGCCCACCCUCAUGUGUGUGCUUGCCGUUCAGUUCAAACGCCUGCGGGAUGGUGACAGGUUCUGGUACGAGAACCCGGGCGUGUUCAGCCCGGCCCAGCUGACCCAGCUGAAGCAGGCCUCGCUGACCCGCGUGCUGUGCGACAACGGGGACAACAUCACGCGCGUCCAGCCGGACGUCUUCCUGGUGGCGCAGCCCCCCCACGGCUACGGCAGCUGCGAGGACAUCCCGCACAUCGACCUGCGCAUGUGGCAGGACUGCUGCGAGGACUGCAGAACCAAGGGUCAGUUCAACGCCCUGUCCUACCACUUCAGGGGGCGCCGGUCAGCAGAGCACAGCCACAAAGACGAGAAGCCCCCCAACGGCGUCCAGGAGGAAAGCUCAGAGGAGGAACCCAGAGGAGGCGUUUCCAAUGUUACUGUAACUUCCCGAAAAAGCACUGAACCCUCUAUCCACGACUUCCAGGAUUUCGUUUCCGACAUGCAGAAGACGAUCACCAGCUUGCGGAAGCAGAUUAAAAGACUUGAAGCCCGUCUGAGCAAGACGGACUGCACUGAUAAUGAGGGCCGCGAGCGGACGGACGGAGAGCGCUGGAAAAAGGACUCCUGCUCCACAUGCGAGUGCAAAGAUGCCCAGGUGACCUGUUUCGUGGAGUCCUGUCCUCAGGCCGAGUGCAAACAGCCCAUCAAGCUAAAAGGCGCCUGCUGCCCGGUGUGCCUCCCGCAGGGGGACGUUAGCCAGCGGCACCAAACGGCCAAUCAGCACGUG